UAGCGCAUUGUUGCUUAAGCUUCUUUGAUUUUGUAAUGUCUGUAGUCUUUGUGUAAUGCUCACUAAUUGAUGCAAUUGUAGGUAUUACUAAUUGACAUUCAUAUAACAUUCUAAAGCUUUGAGAAACGUGUUUACAAGUCGUGUUCUGUGUAUCAAGCGAGUCGUUUAUUUGAUUACUGGGCAACAUUAUUUGGUCAAUAAUGUGACGGUCAUGGUACUUGGAAAGAAACAUGGACAGUCAUAAGUCAGAUCAGGGCUUCAGAGAGUCGAAGGAAAUUAGAAAGCUUUUAAAACUAAAGGACAGUAAAGUUGGAAACGUCAUUCUAAAGUCAAAUGUCUUUGAACAAGCUAAACUCGGUAACAAGCUUGACAAAAUUUCACAUCAUCAAAGGAGUCAAGAAGUGAAUUUGUCGUGGAAGAAACACCUUCUUUUAAGGAAGCAAAGGAGUACUCUUUUGAAAAGUAAGUCGACGUCCUCCAUCAUGAUUCCUCCCUCGCAAUUACCGCGUCUGCUUCCACCAAUUAAAAUGAAACCAAAUACGUUUUCUCACCAACAAAUUGGUACUGGGUUGACGGGGCACACUGAAGAGGAUAGAUUUCAUUCUAAAAGGCACGGAAUACCUAUGGAUACUUCGGGCACGGAGGCGAGUGGGGAACUGCGAGAAAAAAACUUAUGUCCUAAAACAAAGUCUAGCGAAAAAGCCUUGCUUCAAUGGAAAAGAGCCAUUAAAAAAACUCGCGAACGAAUCCAAAAWUCAAAGAGGAAAUUACCGCCUUUAGUGCUGCAAAAAUCACAACUCGAUUACGAAAAAGAUCCUCGGUUUGCUAGACUGAUUGAACAGCUUGUUCCGAACAUGAGCCGAAGAAUUUCGGAUGGCGAUAUUAGACAUAAAAAUGAAGACGUGGACGACGAUGAAGAAGACACGGACAUUUCGCAUGAGAAUGGAGAUCACGAAGACGAACAAUACUUUACAAUGUAAAACGAUACUUGAAAAUUUAACAAGUUGAGAUAGCCAUUAAACAGCAUUUACGAUUUCUGGACGGGGCCUUUAAUACUGACCAUCGCAUUACAAAUGCCAUCAGAAAUUUAACUGACAAUUCAUGCACUUGUAAAACGCCUGAAUUUUAACUGAAAAAAAGUCCUCAGUUAAAUUUAACUAAAAGCUGACUAAUAAGCAAGUUUUUAACUGACGACGCUGACAUGUGGACCCCGAUCAGACCCUAUUACAAGUCUCAUUUACAUGACAUAAUAUAAGCUAUGAAUUAAGUUUAUACUUAGUUCCCCAACUAAUGACCGAGGAUUCAUUUAGUACUCCCGAUAAGUUGUUUUAACGUUCACGAUUACGCGCAUAUACUAACAUAUGAAAAAUUGCAUAAUUUAUUUAAUUUGUCAAUUUUCAGUUAUUUUUGUUUUGUUUAUUGUAUUAAUAGCUUUUUUCAUGUAUUUUUUUAGAAGGCCAUUACUUAGAUAAACUAGAAAUAAAAAGUUUUUCUACUGUCAGAAUUAAGUGAUUUUUCAACAACGAAUAAAUACUGGAAAAUAUUGAAUAAUAAUAUUUUGCAUUCUAUUAAACUCGUCUCGCUUCGAAGCUAUAGUUGCCAUAGAAACCGUGGUCACUCAGCCUCCUUAAAAAUCUGGAUUAUAUAA